GAGUCCGUGUAAUAAUGGGCGAGUCGAUUGAGAUCGGUGAGGUGCGUGGUGUGUGAACCGCUCGAGACAAGUCUUUUUGGGUUGACCGCGUACCCAGUGAGCGUAAUUUUCACUGGUACGCGAUCAUUAACGUACGGGAUAAGUAUGUGUGGUGUGUGCAACCGCUCGAGACAAGAUCUUUUUGGGUUGACCACGUACAGUGAAAAUCACGCUCACUGGUGCGCGGUCAUUAACAUGCGGUGAGGUUAAUUGUUUAGUGUAUGCAACCGCUCGAGACCAUCUACCUGUGUUACUGCAACACGGUCUUUUAUGCAGCUCUGUUGACUGGAUUAUUCCUGGGAAGAACAAAUUACUUGGUAUCAUUAAUUAAAUUGAGGAAUUGUCGAUUGUCUUUUUGGGUUGACCAGUGUGGAGUACCAGUGAGAAUUACGUUCACAGCUAUUACGCUGUCAUGAUAAAAAUCUGGACAGGAUUUAAGAAAAGAAGGUCCUUCUUAGUGACAUAAUAGUCGAUUUGUAUUCAUCCAAUAAGCUCACAAGACGCAUUGGCAGGUGUCAAGCAGAUUCACAUAUUUGAUAGGAUAGCUGAUGAAACCAUCUCCUGGAUACAGGAGAAGGAAGCGGCUCACAGCUCGGACGACUACGGCCAAGAUUUAGAAGCGAGUCAAGCACUGGUAAGGAAGCAUCAAGGAUUCGAAACUGAUUUGGCAGCUGUGAAAGAACAAGUGGAGAGCGGUUAUUAGACAAUUCUCAUCGUGCGCCACAUGACGAACUUAACGACUCAGUCGACAAACAUGAGUCUGCAAAUAUGUUAUCUCCGCUGAAAGGUGCUACUGCUUCGGAAACAAUAGAACCUGCGACAUCUCAGAAGCCAUUUGGUUUAACACACAUGUUAGGUGAAAGAUUAAGACGAGGUACGAAAUAUUUAUGCAAGGAUAUCAAUAACUGAGGUGAUAAAUUUGAAGCUUUAUAUACAAAAUAUGAAAAAGGACAUGUUCUCGAAGACAAGUUAAAGUCAGGGAGUUGAUAAGGUUCCUCAUCAUUCAAGUACAAUUUGAAAUAGGAGUAUCACAUAUAGUUUUUAAAAAUCAUUGUAAUCGCAAAUUGAAUCAUCAGGAUCUGGGUACAAUUGAAUGCAGCAGUUUCUCUACUGAAGUAGUUCAAUAUUUAAGUUUCAAUAAAUGCCAUGUGUAACAUAGCUUCAAUCGCUGUCAACAUGUUUGUGAAUUCUACUAAGAGAACUUUAGAUUUUUAUGAACUUAAGGAAGUGGCGAAAUUUGUCACCUAUAAUUUGGAUAAGAUUGACGAUAAUUUUUAUCCUCUGCCAGAGGUGAAAUUAUCAUGUGAUACACACAGAUCUAUCGGUAUUAGUGUACAAGGAUUAGCAGAUGCGUUGAUUUUGAUGAGAUACCUAUUUCAAAGUAACAAAGCUAAGGAACUCAAGGUUCAAAUUUUUGAGAUUCUUUAUUAUGGCGCUCUAGAAGCAAGUUACAAAACAAUUACUGAGAAAGGUCCUUACGAGUCAGAUGAAGGCAAUCCAGUCAAUAAAAUUGUGUUUUUUAAGGUACAGUAUCUUGCAUCCAUUGGAGGAAGAAAUAUAAGAGACGUAAUAUAUUUGGCAUUUAAAGAAAUUUUUACUCCAAAUUCAGCCUCAUUGUUUACAUGGACGGGCAAGGACAACAAUAACCGUUCUACAAAGGAAAAAUUAUCAGAUUUACGAGUUAUAGAUGCUUUACAUGAUGCUGCUUCUACACAUUUUGAAUUAACACUUUCAGAAUUUAAAUUUUAUGUAUCAGAAGCCUUACGAUCAGCCAAACAAAGGCAUCGACAUCAGCAGCGUAUGAAUACAAGAGAACAACACAAUAUAAUCUGAAAUCUUAUUGAAACUUUCCAUUUAAAUUUAACUUUUUGUAUUUCAAUAUUUCAUCUAAGAACUAAUAUCAAAUUUUUUUAUUAUUACAUUAAUUAAAGAAUAAAAAUACAUAU